GAUAGUUUCUCUUACCUUUAUUCUCCAUGACGAAGCUUGUGCGUAAGCUGAAGCAGAUGGCCAAGAAGCGGGCCCAUCGCAGGACGGUGCAGAAGCGAAAGGUGGAGCGCGCCCAGCGAGAACUGGAGCGCGGUAACGAGCAGCAGUCGGAGAGGCUGGAGGAUGAAGUGGACCGCGAAAUGGCACGGCUGAAUGGAGAACUCGAAGGCGAGGCGACUCGCCCCAGCAAGGGCGACAUCGAAGAAGCCACCAAUGCCGCCGUGAAACGAGCCGUUCGCAUUGUUGGCGAUCUCGUCCUGGACGCCCCGGUGAAGAAAAGGAAGAGGCAACUGACACGCAAGCAAGCGAAGCGCAAGGAGGCGAUGAUCAGCCGUGGUGAGGCCGUCAACGAUAGCUUAGCGAAGAAGUGGGACCACAAGAAGCGACGCGUUAAGGUGCGUGCACAGAUCCGUAAUGAGGAUCUGCACACCUAA